AUGUUGAGCUGGAAAAUCCAAUUAUCUCUCCUUUUCGUUGUCUGCUUCGCUUCUGGCCUGACAGAUUUCUGCAAGUCCUCGCUUGACACUCCUACUGGCACUCUGACUUUCAGAGCGUUACCAAAUGCGCCCAAUGGAUAUACACCAGAAGACGUACAAUGCCCGUCGCCUAAUCCAAGCGUGCGUAUUGCAACAAACAUUAGCGAGGACGAAAUGAAUUGGUUGCAAAAGCGCCAGGACAAACGGUUGAAGGCGAUGGAGACCUUUCUUACGCGAAUGAAAAUCCCGAACUUUAAUGCUACGCAAUAUUUUGCAAAGACUCAGGCCACAUCUUUGCCUAACAUUGGGAUCUCGUUUUCAGGAGGCGGCUAUCGAGCAUUGCUCAACGGAGCUGGGGCAUUUGCUGCUUUUGAUGAACGGACAAGCAAGUCGACUGCGCCAGGCCAGCUAGGCGGAUUGUUGCAAUCAACUACAUAUAUUUCUGGCCUUAGCGGUGGCUCCUGGCUGGUCGGAUCAAUUUAUACGAACAAUUUUACCACCGUGACUGCACUCCUGAAUUCCAAUGCUAGUGGUGUUUGGGAGUUUGAUCAAUCAAUCCUGAGCGGACCUACGGGUGAUGCGGGCUACUUUCGGCAACUCAGACAAACUGUAGAUGGCAAAGAGGAGGCUGGAUUUUCUAUUUCAAUUACUGACUACUGGUACGAGACUACUCAUCUCACACUCAAGAUCCUUCACAUGAUUGGCAAUGUUCUCUCCCACAUUUUGAGAGAUGGAAUUAAUGACUCAUUGGCUAGGGGUCGCGGACUGUCCUACCAGUUGGUGAAUGCGAGCGAGGGUGGGCCUGCCUAUACAUGGUCAUCUAUCGCUUCAACAAGAGAAUUUCUUGAUGGAAAACUGCCAAUGCCGAUUAUCACGGCGCUGGAACGAGCGCCCUCAGAGCAGAAUCUGACUAUUAUCAAACAUCGCACAGCAUUGAAUUCAUCAAUUUACGAGUUUAACCCAUGGGAAUUGGGCACAUGGGACCCAACCACCUAUGGCUUUAUGCCUCUCGGAGUUCUGGGGUCAAAUUUCACAAAUGGCAAUCUAUCAAAGGAUGAUUGCAUAUCCGGAUUUGAUAAUGUCGGGUUCAUUAUGGGCACAUCUUCCUCCUUGUUUAAUCAAGCCCUGCUUCAAAUCAACAACACCGAUAUUCAGCGCACGUUAAAGAGCCUCACUACGUCACUUCUCCAAAACCUUAAUGAUUCCUCCAACGACGUGUCAGUAUAUGAGCCCAAUCCAUUCUUUGGCUUUAAUGAAGCGAGCAAUCGGAAUGCUCAAGCAAAGGCUCUUAUCCUUGUUGACGGGGGCGAGGAUCUGCAAAACAUCCCCUUUUACCCGCUGCUACAAGCCAAUCGCAAGGUCGACAUUAUUUUCGCCAUUGACAGCUCGGCAGACACACCAACACGGUGGCCCAAUGGGACAAGCAUGGUGGCAACCUAUCAGCGCAACAGCAACUCUUCGAAAAUUGCGAAUGGAACUGCGUUUCCUUCCAUUCCAGAUCAGAACACCUUUAUCAACCUAGGCUUGAACGGUGGGCCCGUCUUUUUUGGCUGUGAUCCAUCUAACAGUACGGGCAAAUCUCCAGCUCCUUUGAUCGUCUAUAUUCCAAAUAACCCAUAUACCUACAUGUCGAACAUCUCGACCUUGACGCUUGAACUUAACGAUACUGAGCGGGACAAGCUGGUGCUGAAUGGAUACAACGUGGCUACCAUGGGAAACUCGACAGCAUGGGGCAUUUGUAUUGGAUGCGCGAUCGUUAGUCGCAGCUUACAUCGGACUGACACGUCGGUGCCAAGUGCGUGUGUGAAUUGUUUCAACCAAUAUUGCUGGAAUGGCACGGUAAAUGCGACCACUCCAAAGAUUUAUGAACCGCGUCAGAAGAUACAAUGA